UCGGGCCCCAGUAGGCUUCCUCCCGUAGGGCACAGGUCGACCCCACCGGCCCUCCCGCUCCCCUGCCGUCUUGUUUUUCUCCCUGUUCUCUUUGUCCCUGGACUCCCGGUUUUCCCCGCCUGCCCUGGCUCGUAACCUUCCACCCAGGCGAUUAGGUUCCCGCGAAUGUUGCGCGGUGGCAUUGCCCGCUGGUUCCCCACAACCCUGACUUUACCCUAGAUUCCACAUUCCCGUUUUCUGUGUCAUCCUCCCUCAUCUCUCUGAGUCUCUAUAGAAACCUCAGGCAGCCACCCCCAUCAGUCCCUUCUCAAGCUCCUAGAGACAACUGUGGACUUGGGGACCAGCGAGCACCCCCAGAGCACUAGAGGAGCCCCUGCUGCCUGCCCUGCCUCACCCUGCCCCACACGAGGCCCAGCGGCCCCGGGCUGCAUCAAGUGGAGGAGGAGGAGGCGGAGGAGGGUGGCACCAUGGGCCCGGGCCGUGCCCUCCAUGCCCGGGGGAUGAAGACACUGCUGCCAUGGACAGCCCGUGCCAGCCGCAGGCCCUGAAUCAAGCUCUCCCUAAGUUGCCAGGGUCUGUGUCAGAGUCCUUGGAGUCUAGCCGAGCCAGAAUGGGGGUGGAGAGUUACCUGCCCUGCCCUCUGCUCCCGGCCUAUCACCGUCCAGGAGCAUCUGGGGAGGCCUCGGCUGGCAAUGGGACCCCCAGAAGCACAGCCACUGCUACUACGACCACUGCCAGUCCCCUGCGGGAGGGCUUUGGUGGGCAGGAUGGUGGUGAGCUUUGGCCACUGCAGAGUGAAGGUGCUGCUGCGUUGGUCACCAAGGAGUGCCAGCGACUGGCGGCCCAGGGUGCCCGGCCUGAGGCCCCCAAACGGAAGUGGGCCAAGGAUGGUGGGGAUGCCCCUUCACCCAGCAAGAGACCGUGGGCCAGACAAGAGAACCAGGAGGCCAAGGGGGAAAGUGGUAUGGGCUGUGACAGCGGUGCCAGCAACAGCAGCAGCAACAGCAACACUACCAAUAGCAGUGGCGAGGCAAGUGCUAGGUUGAGGGAGGAAGUCCAGCCAUCUGCACCUGAGCGCCUGGCCCUGGACUAUAUUGUGCCUUGCAUGCGGUACUAUGGUAUCUGUGUCAAGGACAACUUCUUGGGGGCAGUACUGGGUGGCCGUGUGCUGGCUGAGGUGGAAGCCCUGAAGUGGGGCGGGCGUCUCCGUGAUGGGCAACUAGUGAGCCAGCGGGCGAUCCCACCGCGCAGCAUUCGUGGGGACCAGAUUGCCUGGGUAGAAGGUCACGAGCCAGGCUGCCGAAGCAUUGGUGCCCUCAUGGCUCACGUGGACGCAGUAAUCCGCCACUGUGCAGGGCGGCUGGGCAACUACGUCAUCAAUGGGCGCACCAAGGCCAUGGUGGCGUGUUAUCCAGGCAAUGGGCUCGGGUACGUGAGGCAUGUUGACAAUCCCCACGGCGAUGGGCGCUGCAUCACCUGUAUCUAUUACCUGAAUCAGAACUGGGAUGUUAAGGUGCAUGGCGGCCUGCUGCAGAUCUUCCCCGAGGGUCGGCCAGUGGUAGCCAACAUCGAGCCACUCUUUGACCGGUUGCUCAUUUUCUGGUCUGACCGACGGAACCCACAUGAGGUGAAGCCAGCCUAUGCCACCAGGUACGCCAUCACUGUCUGGUAUUUUGAUGCCAAGGAACGGGCAGCAGCCAGAGACAAGUAUCAGCUAGCAUCGGGACAGAAAGGUGUCCAAGUACCAGUAUCACAGCCAACUACACCUACCUAAUGGCCAGCCCCAGAGCUGCGUGGACCAGCAGCAGCUCCUGCCUCAGUGCCCGCUCCUUUCCUGCCACUGCUGCUGCUUCUGGCUUGCCUCUGUACUGUGUGGUGUGGAGGGCACUAAGUGUCACUGAGGAGCAACAAGAAGAAACCUCUGCUGCCCUGUGAGCGAGCGGUGCUGGGUUUUGACCUUGGCAGUGGCCAGUGUGGCUGGCGGUCAUGUCUGGUGGCCGUGUUUGGUCUGUUGAGUGUAGAGCUGAGAAGAGGCAGGAUUUGGGGUUGAGGUGAGUCAUGGCCUCUUGCUGGAAAGGUGUGUUGGGGUGGGGGUGUCAUCUCACCCUCGUCCCCACUCCUCCGGCCUGGAAUGUGAAGUGACUCCCCAGCCCCUUUGGCUGUGGCACUGUAUGGACUGGGUGCCACUGUCUGGGCAGAGUAGGGUGCCAUGACGAGCAUGGGUAUGGAGGUUCUGCCAGCCAAGAAAUAAAAGUUUACCUCAGAACCGCA